CACCCCCACCCCCCACCGCGCCGCGGCCAGUCCCGCGGGUGCCGGCGGGGCCGGGGCAGAGCGCGCGGCGCGGCGCAGGGAUGGAGCCGGGGCCGGAGCGCGAGUGCCGCGUGCUGUCCAUCCAGAGCCAUGUCGUGCGCGGCUACGUGGGCAACAAGGCGGCCACUUUCCCGCUGCAGGUGUUGGGAUUGGAAGUUGACACUGUGAACUCUGUCCAGUUUUCAAACCACACAGGUUACGCCCACUGGAAGGGUCAGGUGUUAAAUUCAGAUGAACUUCAUGAACUGUAUGAAGGACUUAAGCUGAACAACGUCAACCACUAUGAUUAUGUACUCACAGGCUACACAAGGGACACAUCAUUCCUUGGCAUGGUAGUCGAUAUUGUUAAAGAGUUGAAACAACAGAACUCUAACUUAGUAUAUGUGUGCGAUCCAGUGAUGGGUGACAAAUGGAAUGGAGAAGGCUCUAUGUACGUGCCAAAAGACCUUCUUCCAGUUUACAGGGACAAAGUUGUACCUGUUGCCGACAUAAUUACCCCUAACCAGUUUGAGGCUGAGUUACUCACAGGAAGAAAGAUUCACACAGAAAAAGAAGCUAUAGAGGUAAUGGAUAUGCUGCAUGCUAUGGGACCAGAGACUGUGGUGAUCACCAGCUCAGAUCUACAGGCACCUCUAGGAAACGACUACCUAAUUGCACUGGGGAGCCAUAGGAAAACCGAAGCAGAUGGUACGAAAGUGAUGCAGAGAAUUCGUGUGGAGUCUCCUAAAGUGGAUGCUGUCUUUGUUGGAACAGGAGACCUGUUUGCUGCUAUGCUCUUGGCCUGGACACACAAACAUCCAAACAAUCUUAAGGUGGCAUGUGAAAAGACUGUAUCAGCCAUGCAACAUGUUAUACAAAGGACCAUCACAAGUGCAAAAGCACAGGCUGGAGAAGGAAACAAACCAAACUCAGCCCAGCUGGAAUUGAGGAUGGUGCAAAGCAAAAAGGACAUAGAAAACCCGGCGAUAAUAAUAAAAGCUACUGUGUUAUAAAGGCUGUAUGUCUCCUAAUAACGCACAAUGUAUUGAUGUCCUCUUUUUCUUUCCUGUAAAUUGUAAUGUUUGCCUUAGAUCUGUGACAGAAACCUGACUUCCAUGAAAUAGCACCUAGCAUAGGCAGAUACCUAUUAUCGAACAUAUGUGCUGGCCUGGCUUGGUUUAAAAGCAAAACAGCAAGUAUUGAAACUUACUGCAAGGUAUCAAAAUGGCUGUGAAAUUCACUCAGUCUUUUAUUACCCUAGGCAACUGAGUACAAGGGUUCCUGACUUGCCAAAGACAUUGGGUGUGAAUUUGCUAGUAUAACUGACUGACUGGAGCCUAUGCAGUAGUAAUGCAUCUUGUGCCGUUUGAGUUGGCUGCCUGCUCCUUUUGCUGAAUCCAGUUGGUAGCCUACUGUGGUGUUCAGCAUUUCAAUUACUCUAAAAUCAAGUAUGAUUAAAAUUACCCAGAAGGUCCAGGAUGGGUGUAGGGAAUUACUUGAGAGAUGUUUUGCUUUCAGUACUCUGCAGAGGUCUUGAGGUGUCAUUUCAUGUUUCUGAUAACUGCUCCUGUCUCGAGCCUAUGAAUGAUUACACGGUUCCAAUUCCUACAGGUGCUAAUCGCUUUAUUCUCAGCGACAAGCAUCCACAUGACUUUCUUCCAAUGUCCCACUCCAAAAAGAUGGACAAUAAUUAACUAAUGUCUAUUUACUAGCACUGCAUAGAAACUUAUAACUCUACCUCUGAAAGCAGACUUCAUUCCUUUUUUACUAAAGUUUAUUCAAGACAAAGCUUCCUUAUGAAAGGAAAAUAAUGUGGCUACCUACUCUGAAAGCUAAGUAACCUAUUAGCAAUUUUUAUCCAUUGGAAUACUGUGGUACUGAUUACCUUCAUUAUUUGCUGAUGACAGUUUAGUCUUCAUGGAUAGUUCUAUUUAUAAACACCAGAGGGCAGUUCUGCUUAAUAAAAAUGAGUAGUCUGUUUCAUUUGUAAAUGCACUAUGUAGGGAAAGGCUGGGUUAGUUAUAAGCUUGCUCGUGGUGAAUGAUGUGUAGAAAAAUUGUUGUUCAUAGUGCCAUUCUUUGCAAUAGUCCAUUUUCAGAACCAUUUUUCUUGUGCUGCAGAACAAAUAGUAACUUUAUGUUCAUUAUUCAAAUAAGUUGCUAGAGAUUUUAUCAAAGCAAAGAUUUUAUAUAUGCAGUUUAUUCCAUUUUAUAUUUAUCAUUUAUAUUGCUAUAUUCUUAUAUUCUUAUCAAGUUUCUUUGAAUCUCUCAUGAGCAAGAUGGACAACAUUGCUUGUCUGCUUCAUGCUUGUGUAUAGCGGGAUGUUGAAAUAUAUCUAGAUAGCUCUAUUGUUCUCUCAUAAUCACUGUAGUACCUGAACACCUCAAUAUAACGGUUCCCCUGACCUAGCUUUCUCUUUCCUUUUUUGGAACAGCUGGGGAAAUAAUUCCUUUUUUUUAUCAGACUGCUUUUCCCUGAAGCUUUUGUAGAAUGGGGCCUCAGUCCUUUGCGGUUCCCUGCAUACUCUCAGGCACAUCUUGUAUUUACUGUUUUUCUGCGAGAGGUCUUGACCACAUACAGCUUCUGUUGACUCCAGUGAGCAGUCACAAGUUCUUGACAUUUCUUGGCGUGUGGACUUGUCCUGGUAGCACAGAAAUUGCACUUUCGUACAGUAGCAGAAAUCAGAUGCUCACCAAGAAGGGGGGGCAGCUUUGUUUUGCCCAGCAAAAACACAAGGUCAUUGUCUCCUGUGUUCCUCCCCAGCAUCCUUCUCCUGGCCAGGGUUGUCUAAUUUAUAAUCAGUGUCAGAGAUCUAGCUUGAGCCACUCUCCCUCACUCCUGCCAACAAACCCAGGUCUGGUUUUAAAGUCUGCAGUGGUGCAAGCUAUCUUCACUGAGUUCCUGUGUGGAUUUCCUGUCAUUGGUACUGUUAUUUGGCCUCUAGUGGGGGCAAACAAAACUAUUCUUACAGCUAAUGUUAGGCUGAACUGAUUUUUUUUUUCUCGUUAGUAGAACAAAGGUUGUACAAUUCAUAGGCCUCUUAAAUCCCUCAUUUUCAGUCAGUAAAUGCCAUUUAAGUAAAUGCAUUUUGUAAUAGAUUUAGAGAACUCGGUUUUGUCCUACCUAGCUAACAAUUUCAUAAACAAGUCUGAUUUUGCUCUGCAAUUACAAAUUUGUCUUUCUAAUUUAAGAAACAGAAAAAGAAUCCAGAGAUUACCUAGUAAACUUGACUGCUGUCACAAUUUAUGAUAACCACUGCCAUGAAAUAACUGUAGCAAUAAUAAUUCUGGUGUCAAAUGAAGUGUCGCCAUCUACACUGAAGGGGGGAGCUUGUGACAGCCCUCUAAAUCUUGUAAAGGUGGCAAAGUAAACAGUACCUUUUUUUCUCUGUAUUGUGUUUUUAAACUUUUAAUUAGUUUUGUUUCUUGUUAAUCACUUCUCAUAAAUAUACAGAGAAACAGCUCUUUAUUAAUCAAUUGUCCUUUUUAAUAUAGGUACAGUAAAAGCUCUGUUACCCGGCAUCCCCUGGGAAUGGGGGAUGCCGGUUAGUCAAACAUGCACCAUCUGGUACACUCCCUGGCAUCAGUGUGCCAGGGGAUAUGAAGGGGGGCCCUGCAUAGGCUGCUUUUGCCCCAUGCAGGUUGCUUUGCCCUGGGCCGUGGGCUGAAGAAGUGGCAAAGAAAAACUUGGCUUGUGGCGGCGAAACAGGAAGUCCCCCAGAAGUGGUACUUUGGUUUCGCUUUUGCCGCAUCCCUUGGAUGCCAGUUAAUAGAGUUUUCCGGCUAAUAAAGUGCCGGUUAACACAGCUUUUGCUGUAUAUCUUACUAUGGAAGUUGCAUGGGAAAUCUCAACUUCUAGAGAACAACAGCUUUUGAACAAAAAGGAUAUUUCACUGCUGCAUCUCUGGAGACUUUUGCAUUGCUUCAGCUGUAAAUUUAACCUUAUUGCAUCCAGAAUCUUUAUUUCUCCAUGGCUUAAGGCAAAUUUCAGGUUCUUCAUUUCAAAGAAAACAGUGAAAGAAAACAAAGUUCAUAAUCCCUCCUCCCUUUUUGAAAUCGUAGUAGUAAUAACAAUAGUCUAUCCAAGUUUCUUGCUAUCAAGAGACCAUACCUGUGACAAACCUGUGAUAAUUGCUACCAAAAAAAGUCCUUUUUAGCAUGAAGGGAAAAAUAUAUUAGUUUGUGGAUCUACAGAAAUGAGGGCACUGAUGGGAACAUUUAAUUUUGAUUUGUUUGUUUUAAACCAACAGGAGUUGGACUGAAUUAUCAUUUAAUACAGAUUUUUUUUUUUUAUCUGGAAAGCAGAGGUGAAAGCACAUUUUACCAUAAGAUAGAAUAGGGGCAAGCUGAUAAGGAACUAAACACAUGCGUUAGCAGGUUGGAUCAUUGACCGAGGUCAGAUGUUGGGAAUGCAGCAGUGGCCUGUUCCUGAUGCUUCAGAGGAAGGUGGAGCACUUCAGUCAUUGACCUCUAGCUUAAUAGCUAUGACAUUGUAAGAAAUUAAUAUAAAAUUCAGGAGAAAGCAGGAGAGGAAACAUCUGCUUUAAAAGCUGAGCUGGCAGUUCAGAUUUUCUACUGGCAAGAUUUGGCAGCCACUGCCUGAAAUUAAAUUGUGUUGAAGAUGGUGGGAUUUGCUUAUAUGUUGUUGGAUUUAACUGUCCAUUGAAUUACCCCAAAUAGGGUUAGACCUGUAUGGAAGAUUUAGAAUAAUGUUUGGCCUCUAUUAACAAUGGAAGAAUCAUUAAGAAAACUCCUGUAAAUGCAUAUGGUAUUUACUUUUUUGUAAUUGAAACACACAGACAUAGAUAUUUAAAAAUAUUGAAGCUAUGCAUAAAAUGUAGGUGCAUUUUUACUUGUUAAAUGUUAUACUGCACUUUUUUUCCUAGUGUGCAUGUGUGCGUGUGUGUAUAGGGCAGUGGCUUUUUUUGUUUUGUUUUUUUUAUUAGAACAAAAUUUAGAGCAAAAUACAUCAACUCAGCACAAUCAUAUCUAAUCAACCUUAUUUUCUCCUUUUCCUUUUGUGGAUGUGACAUCCACAAAGAUGUCAGAUAUCCAGGUUGUAGCCGUAUUGGUCUAGAGGAACAAGCAGUCAGGACUCGUAGGAGAGAUGAUAUCUUUUAUUAGACCAACAAGAUUUUUGAAAAAUAUUUCUUUAAAGAAAUAGACUUUUUUUUUGCAAAAAUCUUGUUGGUCUAAUAAAAGAUAUCAUCUCUACUAUGAGUAAUGAUUCACAAAGAUAGCAUUCAUAAUAAAAUUAUUUGUGGAACAACCAGGAAGUGUUUGUUUUCCUUGUCCUUCAGGACAGCUAACCAUUAUUUAUUACAAGGAAGUGACAGUAUCCCAGGAGUUGUGAGCCUUAUCCAUAGGCACUGACUCUGUGGGUGAUCUGGGGCUCAAGCACCCAUGGAAGAAAUUUAGUGGGUGCUUAGCACCCAUGACCCAUGUUGGGCGAGCUGGGUUGAAGUAAUAUGCUUCCUCUUCUGUGCAUGCAUGGGGCUUGGUGCAGGAAUGCAAAAAAAACCCACCUGCCAGCAAAAACCAAAGUCGGUGCCUAUGGUCUUAUCUCCUCACAAAUCCUUACACAAAAAAGCAACUAAAUGAUAACUAAGGUAAGCUAAAAGGGCAUCUAUUAACUGCAGAGGGCAAGCACCUUGGCAGAGACCACUAGAUUCAGUAAAUUCUGUUCAGUAAUUUUUAUGACUAGUAAGAAAAUGGAAGGUUCCUGUUGUUUGCUACAGCUAACCAGUUUGUGUUUCAGUCCUUUUCUGGUAAUGAAAUUUUCAAUCCAUGUGUACAGCCAUUUUGAUUAGUGCAACUUCACUUAUUUGUGGAGCCAUUUUGGUAGACAAAAACUUACCUUAAAAUGAAUUACUUUCUCUAUUCUGGCCUGAGUGUACCUUUCACGUGAUCUAAACUUUGUCUUCCUUGAAAGUUACAUGGAUAAACUUAUCAUGAUAAUGUCAAAGAAAUGUGGUUUAUGGAAAUUUUAUUUUUGCUUGGUAUAAGCACACUUUUUAAAAAGUUUGUAGUUAAAUUGCUAACUAAAAUGUUUGUUUGGUGAUUGACACUUUCAGAUGUAAUGAAUCUGUAAUCAACAUCCUAUACCAGGGGUGGGCAAAAUGUGGCCCACCAGGCCAUUCUAUCCGGCCUGCAGGGCCCCUAAAAAAUUUAGAAAAUUAAUACUUAUCUGCCCCUGGCUGCGUGUCAUGUGACCAUCGGUGACUUGCCAAAACUCAGUAAGCAGCCCUCCGCCCAAAAUAAUUGCCCACCCCUGUUCUAUAUAAAAGAUUUGGAGGACCAAGGUUUCUAGCUAAAAAUACUGCCUUGUUUAGACGUAUCUUAUACGUAUUUUGAUUGGAAAGUGAUGAUUUGUUGUGUGAUAUUAUUAUGGUGAUUGUAUUACUUUAUUUUAUAAUAUGUGGCAAGAAAGAUUGUAAUAAAUGUCUACAUUUAAUAUAUUGUGCGUAACAUCCAAAAAAGGAUCUAAAUGUUGGACCGUUUCAGAAUUAAAGAGAACAAGAACAGUUGAUAGUCUUCCUGGGUAAAGUGCAUUCAAUUGAAGACUUUUUUUUUUUUAAUUGGGUAAAAAAGAAUUAAUGGGUACUUAGGAAAAGAGCCUAUUUUUAGAGACCAGUGUUACCCCAGUGUAAAAUCACAGGAUUGGGCAACCUUAAUAGGUUUGCCUUCUGAGCAUUUCUUUGAAUGAGUUUCAUAACAGCAGAGACUUACUUGGAGAGUUAAGGUGCUACAUCCAUGAAAGGAAAGGAGAUACAGGAACUCCAAAUUGCUAGACUGAGUUGUACAGGAUCCUGUUGUUGCUGCUAUUUAGAUUUUAGUUCCUGAGUUGUCAAACACUUUUAUUCAUUUAUUGAAAAAUGACUCCGGCUUUCUGCAUCUCCAUUCCCAUGUGCACUUUACUUUCACGCUUACUGGUAGGUCAGAUUGUGUAUUGUCCUAUAUGAUGCACAAGAGAUUAGGGGCUCUGGAGUAGGAACUGCCCCUGUUCAUUUUAUGCUCUGUUCGAGACCAGCACUUGGCUGUGCUGUCCCCUAACAAAGCACAUUGUUAAGUUACAGUAUGGCUUUAGAUGAAGACCACAUAAGCAAGAGCAUAGGAUGAGAAACUGUUACUCAAGUGCAGUGCCAGAUUACACACUUGUGCAUUAUCCAUUAGAAAACAAGAAUUGCCAUUUACUGGGUCAGACCAUAUAUCCAUCUUGCCCAGUAUCCUGCGUCUCACAGUGGUAGUGGAUGCUGAAAGGGAUAGUGAACAGGUAUGACCAAGGUUUUUUCCACUGUUCCUCUCACUUGCAGCCUCCAGCAUUUAAGGUCUAGGAAGUUCUAAUUUAGAGGCUAUACCCCUAAUUCCUGUAUUGCAUAUUGCAUAUUUAGGUCAAUUCUGUGGGUGGGAAGAGGCAGGCCAUUCAAUUGAGCAGAGCCCUGGUGAUUUCUCUUUUAAAGGUGCUUGUUCAGUUGCUCAAGUCCAUCAGAGAAGUUGAUUUGUCUAUCCAUAUGUAUACCAGGUGUCCCUCAAUUAAAUGACACAAUGGCUCACCUUCACCCAUUUAAAUAGUUGGGUUACAAGCCAGUACAUACAUGAUAUAAAUUUCUGGCUGCUUUGAAGCCAAGAUAUUUUUUGAUUAACUAGGAGAGAGAAAGAAAACAACUGGUUCUCUUGCAUUCGAUUGCAUCCUUUCACUGAUCACUCCUAGAACACUACUCACCUCCUGUUAAGAGGAACAGAUUAUUUGUAAAAUAAUUGGACAGGAAGAUUUUUAAAAUAAAGUCUUUGAAAAUGUUCUUUUGGUAUUUACUGUUGGUAAUUGAGACUAUUGAAAGAUAAUGUUCUAUUCUGCUAGCAUUCUGAAAUGCAAUAACUGCCAUGCAUGUCAGUACUGGGAGUGAAGCUUUGAAAUUAUACAUCGUGCUGCCAGUACCCUUAAAUAAUGGGUAAAAUGAUGGUUUAUGUACAUUUUACAUUAGCAGAUUUUAAGAUAAAUAAGAUGCAUCUGUUUCUUUUCAGAAACAUGAAAAGUGUGUCCUUAAUUCACUAAAGAAUGGCCUUGAACACUGAUCAGAGAGAUCUGAUGUUUCAGAUAUAUUUUUGGUCAGAAACAGUCUGAACUACCUGCUCAUUGUUUAAAUAAGAGUCAAAAGGCAAUUUUCUAGAGGGAAGAACAUACCAAAAGUGCAGCCUUUUAUAGCGGCCUCAGAGCUUCCAUACAGGUAACCAGGAAUUGAAUGAUGACACUGAAGGAAACAUUCUGUAAAUUGGCACUUGUUGUUUCAGCUACUAGGCUCGUUAUAGCUUUAAUUUUGGAAAAUGCUUAAGCAUAUGCUUUAAUUUUAAUGGGUCUUUUAAACAAAUGGGACUUACGCAUGUGUCUGAGUGCUUUCCCAAACAAGUUUAAUUGAUGCAUUCUUGAACUGGUGCCCCAGUGAGUAGUUGCAGGUCUUGAUGCAGAAAACUGAAUUUAUGGGAUAGAGAAUAAAGCAGCACAUUGGUGAGACUGCCAGCAGUGUGAUGGGGGCUGUGCCAUAUGUUACCACAGAAAUCCCAUGUAUUACUUACCUAUUGCCUUUGUUGUUGCAUUGCUAUUUAGAAAAACCGUGUCUAGAAGAUCAUAGCAUAUGUGGUUUGUGUGUGUGUGUGUGUGUGUGUGUGUGUGUGUGUGUGUGUGUGUGUAUGUAUACAUCUGUGUGUGUGUGUGUGUGUGUGUGUGUGUGUGUGUGUGUGUGUGUAUGUAUACAUCUGUGUGUGUGUGUGUGUGUGUGUGUGCUGAAAUUUUAGUUGCAGUGGGAAGAAUUUGGGGGCUGGCUGUGCAUGCCUUCAGAAUGCAAGUAGAAAGUCUGAAUGAAUUCUAUUUUUAUAGAUAGCACUGUGGUUUCAGGUCCCAGUUGCACCAUAUCUGCCUCUUCCAGGAAUGUGAAAUGGCAAGGGAAGAGAGUAGAAGGGAGCAAACCAUGUGGUAGGGAGAGUACAACCCCACCAGCCCUGGACAGAGGAACAUAAAUAAAGAUGCCUUUUAAAGUAAUAUUUUUUUAGUUCUAAAUUGUUAAACAAAAAUAUUUAAAACAAACUUUUUGUGUACUUGACGUUUGUGGUGCUGGUGCUUUGUAUUGAAUAGAUGGACCUGUUCUGUAUUUACCUCUCUUAAUGAGUGUCAUUGAGGCAUAUAUAAAAAGUAAACAACAAAAAAAGAGUGCUGUGUAAUGACAGUGAUUUUUAAUUUCUAGUGAAAAUGUAGGCUCUUGUGUUUGUGUACUUUCUGGUUGGCUCUCAUGAAUUUAAUCUUUUCUGCAAUAAGGCUUAGAUGCUUAAUUGUAGAAGGAAGUAGUAGUAUAGCAGAUGACUCUUUAGGGGGGAAAAACUCUUAAAUAUUGUUGUCCUGUCCACUACUAAAUUGUGCAUCUUUAUUUUUAAAAUCAAUUAUCAAGUAGGCUCCAAAUUUAGGUUUCAAGCUGCAUUCACAUAAUGAAGUAAAGGUUGGGCUAAGUUAAAAUUGUUUUUUCUUUAAAUAAUUUCCCUGGAGGUAGGAAACUAAGAGUAAGCUAUGUAUGAAGAUAUGAGGCAAGAGAAUCAAGGUGAACGUGAAUGGAUGAUGCACAGGAUUUAAAAGAGACUUGUAGUUUAGCUGCCUCUCAAAUGAAGUACAAAAAGGAGAGAUGAAGAAAAUAUAUUUUCUUAAGUCGGUAAAUAGUAGUAAGCUGAGAAGCUUAUAUAGUGAUAAGAAUUUAUCCUUAAUAUGUGGUCUGACUUUCAACAGAUCCAUUAUCAACUCAGAUUUCUCUGGCUGGGAGAACAGGACAAAAACAAAUUGCUUCCAGUGUCAAGAAUCUGUUAUGGGUUUUCAUGCAUCUUUGUCUGUUUACAUUUUUUUUAUAGGGCCUUUCCUGUAGGUGCCAGUGUCAAGGUUAGAUUCUAGGGCCCCGUUUUGGAUGUUGCAUAUGCCUGGGAUAUGAAUGUACUUAGCGAGGACUGGAGAUUUUGACCAUAAUUAGUAGUAUUUUUUGAGAGGGGGUAGAGGAGCAAUCUAGUCUCCUAAUAAUACUAACAAGUGACCGUUUGCCAAAACUUAAGUAAGAACUUAGCCUUUUUUUUCUCUCUUGGGAGUUUUCACUUACCUGUAGAUGGAAAGAAAUUGCUGCUGCUGCUUUGCAGAGAUAGCAAAGAACUAAAAAAAAUUAACACAUUAGUUGGAGUACUUUUUUGCAAUACUAUGCACAUACCUGACUCUAAUCGGAAUCAGUAGGUACCAUGUAUAUGUGAGGAGUCUUAAGCUCUUGAGGGACAACUAUCAAUAUCCAAUUACUUCUCUAUCUGCACUGCUCAGGAAGACAAUUCUUCUGAGCUGGCAGAUUAGGUAUGUAGCUUUGCUUUUUCUUUCAGUGACAAAAUCUUAGGAAAAGGAGGGUCCAAUAAGGUUGGGUUUGUUUUUCAAUAGAGUGCCUAGGCUGUGCCUGAACAAAGUGGCGGAAGAGGUGGGUGUGUGGGUGGUUGUGUCAGAUUAUGUGCCCUAUUUUCUCUUGAAUUAGAGUUCCACUAGGUUAUCCACUAUUUUUUUUUUUUUGGUGCUGGAUUUACUGAUGAAAUUCUGCCACUGGAUUAAAAAGGAGGGAUUUCCAGGGAGGUUAAAUGGUGCCUAUAUACAUCAUUUAUAGGUACCUCUUUGUAUUUUUGGGCAACGAAAUAUGAGGAUAGAAUUUUGCCCACCUUUUGGAAGAUUUGGGCCUCAAUCCUGCAAAUAAGUCCUUAAACUUUUAACACACAUACUGCUAGGUCCUUUUGCUGCCAGUUGGGCUACUCCUGCAUUAAAAUUUAAGAAAACACGGUAGCGCUUGCUGGGAUUUGGACCUGAACAUGUAAUAAAAUAAUAGUUCUUAUUUGGUACAAUAGUAUGUACUAAGCUAGUAGGACAUUUUAUCUAGAAUUCUUUUAGAAUCACCUACUCUUCUAAAAGUAAGAGCCAGCUCCUUUUGAAAAUACAGAUAUUGUUCUACUGGCCAGUAUCAUCUUUUAAUGGUUAAAAAGAAAAUCUCAAACUAGGUGGAACCAAUACUAAAAUCACAAUAAUUUUAGUUUGGUUAUUCCAGCCUAGUACAUUUCCCAUAACAGGAAAUUGUUACAUAGUUAGAAAAUUUAGUAGUAGUUGUCUUCCUAAUCAGGAGACCACUAGAAAUAGAGAGCAGAAGGGUUGUCUUUUGCUAACAUCACCUGGGCAGGGCCAGGUGGGAAGGUUAUUUCAAUUUCUGUUUUGACAAUACUUGCACCUUACCAAUGUUAGCAGAUCCAGUAUUUGUUUUACAUUUCCCCACCCCCAAGCAAUCAGUGAUAGUUUUAUGGAACAAAUACCUCUAGUUCAUCCUACAAGGCUGCAACAUUGUUUGGACUCAUGGGCUUUUGCACAAGAAAGACCUAAGGUGCCCAGUAAAGCUCAAACUUCGGUGCAGGAAGCACUAAAUUAGAAUUGUGCUGUAUUCUUCAGCCUGUGGAUUUUCCUUUUAAGUUUUGAAUUUUAAUUGGUGCAUAUAUAUAUAAUGGCACUUUUAUAUAUAUUGUUUACAUUUUUUUUUUCUCAAAUCUUCCUGAACCAAAGGUGUAUUAGCAUAAAUGCGGGCGCCCAAAAAAUUCAUUUUGAAGCAACGAACUACAAAUUGUCAGCCUAACAACACUUUGUCUGCAGAAACUGUUAAUAAUCAAUUUUAUACGACCACUUAUAGUAUAUACAUGACAUGGUACAUCUAGCAAAGCACUCUGUCUUACAUGGUUAAAACAGAGUAUGUGCUUAAGUGCUUUGCAAGAUUGGAAACCAUAUCCAAACAUUUUUCAGUUGAAUCUAGCAAAGUUAGUUUUUAUGUAAAAAAAAAAAAAUAUAUAUAUAUAUAUAUAUAUAUAUAUAUAUAUAUUUAUUAGUUGGUUGAACAAUAUUUUCUCCUCUCAAUGCUGGAAAACUGCAGCAUAGCUUAUCAUUAUAGGAGUUGGGUAAUAUGAGAGAGAAAUGUGUACAUUCUGGAUGAUUUAUUCUAAUGCAAUUCAUGAAUUUACUAUUUGUUGUUUGUGUAAUUUUGAAUAUAGUCUUUUGAUGUCACUAAUUGGGAAAUGAACCAUUGUUUCAUAAAUGCAAUUUUAAUGUGCUUUUUAACUUAAUAACUGGGAAAAUAAGAAUAUGAAUUUUUUAGGUUAUUGAUCAAUUAUUCAGUUAUUUCAGAAUUAAAUAAGGAAAGGAUGACAAAAAUUUGGCCUUACUUAAAAAAAACUUUAAAUAUUAACCCAAGUGGGUUGGGAGCCUUUCUUAACUAAUUAGUAGCAGCAACUGGAAGAGGCCAAUAUUUAGGGGUUUUGUAUGAAGCACAUCUUAAUCCUGCUGUACUGCUCAGUAAAAGUGAACAGUGCAGAUGCCAGCAGAGUUUAUCAUCAUAACGAGUAAUGCUGUAAUACAGAGUGUGUAUUUUUUUUUUGGUGAAAAUCUUAAUCUCUUCUUAUGAAGAUUAAACAAAUAUUUUCAUGGUGUGUAAGUGAAAUGUAAUUCUUUUUUUUCCAAUAAAAUAUGUCUUUUCCUAAAUA